GUUAAGUUCACUUCACCUAAUAAAUUCUUAUCCCUAAAUAAGCAAUAUAACAAAGUUGUAAAGAUAAACGCCAAUAUUCCACAAGUAAAACGCUUUUUUUUCACUAUUACAGUUUUAAAUGGACUAAUAACAACUGUAAAUAACUCACUUGGUAUAUUAAAUUAACAUGCUAUGAAAACUGAAUAAUCUUCCUUAACAGAUGCUUGGUUAAAAAUUUAAUUUUUUAUUGAUUGAUUCAGUUCAGUGUGUUGUGAUAGCUAAGUAAAAGUAACAAAAUGUAUAAAGUUUUUAGUGUUUUUCAAGGAACUUUUCCGCAAUUGAUGGCUGCAUUUUUUGCAACUGUCGGAGCCAUAUCAGAUGGAAUGCAAUUUGGAUGGUCUGCACCAUUUAUUCCGAUCCUCCAAGGUCCUGAUAGUCCAGUUAAAAUAACAGAUGAAGAUAUCGAUUGGUUAGAGUCUAUUUACAUGAUUGGAGGACUAGCGGGGUUACCACUUACCAUAUAUAUGGUCGAUAGAAUCGGAAGACAAAAAACUGUAUUAUUUGCCUCAUCUUCUAGCUUUACAGCUUGGAUUCUAAUAGGUGUGGCUAACCAUGUGAACUACCUUUACAUAGCUAGAUUUUUAACUGGUCUAGCUGCAGAUGUGGCUUUUGUUGCUGGACCCAUGUACGUUGCUGAGAUAGCUGAUCAAAAAAUUAGAGGUUUUCUAGCUGGAGUUAUUUUUCUUAUGAUGCUUGCUGGAUUUUUGAUUCUCUAUGGUGUGGCGCCUUAUGUGCCGUUUUAUGCUUGCUCCAUUAUCGGUGGAAUAAUUGUUGGUAUUCAGCUAGUUGGCGUGCCAUUUAUGCCAGACUCACCAUAUUAUUUAUUAACCAAGGGGAAACAUGAGAAAGCAAAAAAACAUUUGCAAUGGCUACGUGGACGCGAAGAUGUAGAUAAAGAACUUGAGGCUAUUGCUAUCGCUGUUGAACGACAAAAGUCCGAAAGAGGUCGCCCCCAAGAUCUUUUCAUAUCAAAAUCAAACCGAAAGGCUGUCAUAGUAAUGACAGUUCUUAAUACAGCUCAACACUUCAGUGGAAUGGCUGUUAUUUUGAUGAAUCUUCAUUCAAUUCUGAUCGCAGCUGGUUCAGUAACAAUCAGCUCUAAUGUAGCUGGAAUUUUAUUUUCGGCUAUUAUGCUUUUAGCAGCAACUGUAUCAGUUUUUGGUAUUGAUCAUAUCGGACGCAGAAUCCUGCUAGCCGUAUCAAGUUUCCUUACAGGAUUUGCUCUACUUGCUGUAGCAAUAUUUUUUACUCUUCAAAAAAGAGGGUUGGUAGGUCCUGAAAGUGCUUGGAUUCCUAUUGUAGCGAUUUUAGUUUAUGCUGCUGUAUUUAAAUGUGGCCUAGGUAUUAUACCGAUUGUCAUGACAGCUGAGUUAUUCCCAACUAAAGUAAAAGCGAUGGGUAUGGCUUUAGCCGACUUAAUUUUCCUUUUGACUGGUCUAGCUUCAAUACAGCUGUAUCAGAAUUUAGUUAGAAUAUAUGGACUAGAUGUGCCUUUUUAUAUUUUUGCCGCGUUUACAUUGAUAACGGCUGUUUUUUCGAUUGUGUACGUACCAGAGACUAAAGGGAAAACUUUGGAAGAAAUCCAGUAUAUUUUAAAGGGAGAACAACCACCGGCAGCUAAGAAGGAAGGGACUUAUGUGACAGAUGAUGUAGUAGAAAGUCCUCAGUAAAAUAAACUGUGAUAUUAUUUUUUUAUACUGUUUUAAUAAAAUGUAGGUAAAUAUUUUUUAUUGUAAAGUAAAUAAUGUUUGGCUAAUAGAUAUGAUUAUUGAUGG